AUGGCUUUCGGAGACGUAAAAACUGAUCAAGGCAUCAAGGAACUGAACACAUAUUUGGCUGACAAGAGUUAUAUAUCAGGAUACACACCGACUCAAGCCGAUGUCAAAGUUUUCGAACAAGUAGGCAAGGCACCGGCCGCUAGCCUUCCUAAUGCAUUGCGUUGGUAUAAGCAUAUCGCCUCAUAUUCUGUAGCUGAGCGUAAAACUUUCCCUGAAGGAGUAACUCCACUUACCGCUGGCGCUAAGACCACGACUACUGCUCCGCCUGCUAAAAAAGACGAAGAUGAUGACGAUGAUGUCGAUUUAUUCGGUUCUGGUGACGAAGAAGAGGAUGCUGAAGCAGCCAGAAUUCGUGAAGAACGUUUAAAGGCUUAUGCAGACAAGAAGUCGAAAAAACCAGCCCUUAUAGCAAAAUCUUCUAUCAUCCUUGAUGUAAAACCAUGGGAUGAUGAGACAGAUAUGAAGGAAAUGGAAAAACUUGUUCGCACCAUUGAAAUGGAUGGUCUCCUGUGGGGUGCCUCCAAGCUUGUUCCUGUAGGGUAUGGUAUCAACAAACUACAAAUUAUGUGUGUUAUUGAAGAUGACAAGGUAUCUGUGGAUCUUUUGACUGAGAAAAUCCAGGAAUUCGAAGACUUUGUCCAGUCUGUUGAUAUUGCUGCAUUCAACAAGAUUUAA